AUGCAGCUGGGACUGGUGGCUCUGGCGAUGGUCUUUCUCGUAUCCAAUGGUCACAGCGACAGCGGCCUCAAGCUCUCAAAGGGACAGAGGCAGAGACGGAUUAGCACUGAGGGGCCACCAUCUUGCUCAAAUGGCUGUGAGCGAUGUUCCGAAUACAAUGGCUGUAUAAAAUGUAAGCCCAAACUCUUCAUUCUCCUGGAGCGCAACGACAUCCGCCAGAUAGGCGUGUGCCUCGCCUCGUGCCCACAGGGAUACUUCGGCAUGCGGACUCCCGAUACCAACAGAUGCAUCCAAUGUAAAAUAGAGAAUUGUGAGGAGUGUUUCAAUCGAAAUUUUUGCACAAAAUGUAAGGAGGGCUUAUAUUCACACAGAGGGCGAUGUUACCCCAGCUGCCCUGAAGGCCUCAGCACCACCAACGGGACCAUGGAGUGUGUAGAAUGUGAACUAGGCGAAUGGAGCCCAUGGGGUCCCUGUAUGAAGAAGAACAAGACGUGUGGCUUUAAGAAAGGCACACAGACCAGAGUGCAAGAGCUUCUUCAGGCCCCCAGCCCUGACACGGUCUCUGCGUCCUCCCCCCGGCCCUGUGCUCCACAGACUGAGAGACAGAAGUGCACAGUGCAGAAGGCACCAUGUGGAAAAGGAGGUGAGGACUAG